AUGGAGGAAGCACUUACAUGGUGGAAUGAACACUUGCUUGGUGGGAGGAGCACUUGGCCAUGGUGGGAGCAUUUUGAAUGGACACUUCUUGACUUUCAUUCCCACCUACUUUUUCUCUUUGAUUGUGAAUUAGUUUGUUUUAUAUUUCUUGCAAUUUCAGGUCUCUUCCUUCCUGCGGUUGUAAGGCCUAUUCUGGACUCUUUUGAAUCAUCCAAGCAAGUCCCACAACCUGCUUUAAGUGAUGUGGUUGCUGGUAUGACUGGUAAAAAGUAAGGAUAAGAUACUUGUGAGGUUUUAGUUUCAACCAGCUCUUUGUAGCGUUAUUCCAUCCCUUUUGUUGCAUCCUGAUUGGAAAUGAAAAUAAGGUCCUCUUUUUGUGGAUAACUGUUAAAUGUGUGUGCAAGAAGGGGGGAGCUCUCCCUCAUUUGUAAGCACUUGAUAUGGCCAGUGCUACAUUGAUUCAAAUACUGAAUUAGACUUCACUUAUGACCUAAUCAAAUGCAUCUGAGAAGCUUUUUAAUUC